AUGAAUGAAUUCUUUAUUUGCAAAGCAGGGGUUACAUGCUAUAGCAACACAAACAUAUUUACAUUGUGACACACAAUAAACAAUACAAUACAAUACAAAUAGUUUUUUUACGUUAUACCAUUAAUAUUACAAAACAUAACAUAUUAUAGGAAUACAUUAAAUAAUAUAAAAUAUUAAUGCCAUUCUAAAAAGAAUUGUGAGAGAAAGGAUUAAAAAAAAUAAAAAAAUCAUAGAAAUAAAUAUCAAUGUAGAGAGCAGCAGCAGAGAACAAUAUUCAAUAGACAAAUAAUCAACUAAUUAGAUGUGAUCUAAUCUGCCAAGCAGAUUUCAAAUAAUUACACAAUUUUCCAACAAAUGAUCUAGAUUUUGUUUGAUACAAAUACCUAAGUUUUUUUCAUAUUUGGCCACAAACAGUAAUAGUUUGGUAAAAACUGCAGCCGUACAAAUCUAUACACAGGACACACUUAAGUAAAAUGGUACUCAUCUUCAACACUUUUCAUAUUAUAGCAAGUACAUUAUCUGUUUUCUGUUGGUAUAUUUGUAUAUCGCCCAACCAUAACAUUUAACUUUUAGUACCACUACGUAGCUUUGUGAAAAAAUGUGAGUUUUAAUUGUAACCUACGUAAUUCAAAGCAAAAAUAUAAUUUUAUAAUUCUGUACAUAGUAAGUUUCUCACAAUUCAAAACCAGCUUUGAAUAUAUUGAUCUUUUAUUCUAGUUUUUAUUACAUAGUUACAUUUAUCAUAGUGAUGUAACGAAGUCGGUGACCCUAAAUUUUUUUAAUCUUAUUUUGUUCCCAAAAUCAUGAAAUACCUUCACACAAAAUUUGAAGAAAAAGAUCACUGGUGGAACUAAAUAAGCUUGUCUUUUCACAUACUUCGGGUAUAUUAUCCAUACCACGUGGCGUGGAUGUGGUUUACAGAAUAAAUGAUAAUGGAUUAAAAAUUAAAGAAUAUCUAAAAUGGAACAAAAAGAAUAAAGAAUAAAGAACAAUUGGAUGCUCAAACAUAAAAAAAAGAGAAUAAUUGGGAAAAAUAAGAAUAGAGAAAAAAUGGCUAAUAUUUAAAGAAUACAGAACUGAAAACCCCAUCAGCCAGACCGACGUGGACUUUAACAUCCUUUGUUCAAACAACAUUUAAAUAUGCCAGUCACCCGUGAAGGUUUCUAAUAACGAAAUAUUAUGUUUUUUGAAACAUAACAGUAAUGGAUAAUUAUUUAGUUGUUUUGCUACUGUCUGUAGUUAUUUCGAUUGGUGCAUUUUAUGGAAACACUGUUGAGCAAAGAAUAUUCCAAAUAAAAAACGAUUUACUUAAACAUGAAAAAGAAAUAAAGGAAGUGAAAGAAGUGAAUGUAGAAUUGGAAUCGACGAAAAAGGAACUUAAACAAGUGAAAGUAGAAUUGGAGUCGACGAGAAAGGAACUAGCAGAAGUGAAAGUAGAAUUGGAAUCGACGAGAAAGGAACUUAUACAACUACAAGUAGAAUUGGAAUCGUCGAAAAAGGAAGUUAUACAAGUACAAGUACAAUUGGAAUCGACGAGAAAGGAAAUUAUACAACUACAAGUAGAAUUGGAAUCGUCGAAAAAGGAAGUUAUACAAGUACAAAUAGAAUUGGAAUCGUCGAAAAAGGAAGUUAUACAAUUACAAAUAGAAUUGGAAUAGACUAGAAAGGAAGUUAAACAAGUGCAAGUAGAAUUGGAAUCGUCGAGAAAUGCACUUAAUAAAGUGAAGGUAGAUUUAGAUUCGACGAGAGAUCAAAUGAAUAUAUUUCGUAAAGAAAUGAUAGAAAGAGACAAUGCCCGCAGGGAAGAAAUAUACCAAAUUAGAGCAGACGUAAAU